AUGUCGAUGCUGCUGCCACCUUCUCAGUUGCAUGCGCUCGGCAUCCGAUUCCUCCCCCUCCUCCUCCUCCUCCUUCCGCUGUUGUUGUUGCUGCAUUGUUGCUGCUUCCCAACCCUUCUUUUCAUUGGAUUCCCAUUCUUACUACUGCCAACAAGAAGAUGCCCAGCAUUGCCACCUCUAGAAGAGUUUAGGUUCCGCUUCUUGUUCUUCUUGCCCUGUUUUUUCUUCUUCAUCUUCUUUCGGUUGAGUUUUGCUGCUUUCUUUUCCCUUUUGUUGUUUUCUGUUUGUGUUUGUUUGUUAUCCGUGAUGAGUUCCUCUGAUGCUGCUGGAUUGAGAUCACCUGGAAAAUUUGGAAGAAAUGGGAAUGAAAUCGGGGUGAAAUGGAAUGGGGAUAAGAACUUAAUUGGAUCUUCUGUUGUUGCUGCUGCUGGUGGUGGGGGAAAAGAUGAGGCGUUCCACAAUUGCAAUAACCAUUGUGUAAAUAAUGAGCCUCCUGACUCUGAGCUCUAUUUGGAGAAAGACCCUAAGGGUCGCUACAUUCGGUGCAAUGAGGUAUUGGGCAAGGGGGCGUUCAAGACCGUCUAUAGGGCAUUUGACCAAUUAGACGGCAUAGAAGUUGCAUGGAACCGAAUUAAGAUUGCAGAUGUCUUACGAUCACCAGAAGAUUUGGAAAAACUCUAUUCAGAGGUUCAUCUACUCAGGCAAUUGAAACAUGAAAACAUUAUGAAAUUCUAUGACUCGUGGAUUGAUGAUAAGAAGAAGACCAUAAACAUGAUCACUGAGCUCUUCACCUCUGGGAGCUUGAGACAGUACCGUAAGAGGCAUAGAAAUGUCGAUAUGAAAGCUAUAAAGCUUUGGGCAAGGCAGAUUCUUAAAGGUUUAGAGUAUCUUCACAGUCAGAAUCCACCUGUCAUUCAUCGAGAUUUGAAAUGUGAUAACAUCUUCAUAAAUGGGAACCACGGUGAAGUCAAAAUUGGAGAUCUAGGGUUGGCAACUGUUAUGCAGCAGUCGACUGCCAAGAGUGUUAUCGGAACCCCUGAAUUCAUGGCCCCGGAGCUAUAUGAAGAGCAAUACAACGAAUUAGUCGAUAUUUAUUCAUUCGGUAUGUGUAUGUUGGAAAUGGUUACUUUGGAGUAUCCUUACUCGGAGUGUAAAAAUCCUGCUCAAAUUUUUAAAAGAGUGACCUCUGGAGUUAAGCCUGCUUCUCUAGGCAAGGUGACUGAUUCAAAAGUGAAAGAUUUCAUCGAGAAAUGCUUGCGUCCCGUGUCUGAGAGGAUGCCCGCGAAGGAGCUUCUUAAAGAUCCGUUUCUUCAAGCUGAAAACCUAAAAGAGCCGCUUCACCGGGAUCCAGUGAAGUCGAUGAUGGACCAAAUUCCUAAACCUUCAUUAGGAUUAUUGAAAUCUGAGCCUCACUCCAUGGAUAUAGAUGUUGAAUAUACUCAGUCUUUGUGUAUAAACUCCAAUUCUGGUAGUCCAUGCAAUCCAAUUCUGGAAUUCCAGCGCACGCAUCAGAACAAGGAAUUCAGAUUAAAGGGUAAGAAAAAUGACGAUCAUUCCAUUUCGCUGACCUUGCGAAUUGCUGAUCUACAUGGCCCCGUGAAAAACAUACACUUUCUAUUCUACCUCGAUAGUGACACUGCACUGUCAGUUGCGGGGGAGAUGGUAGAACAGCUGUCAUUGGCAGAUCACGAUGUGGCUUUCAUUGCAGACUUCAUCGAUUACCUGAUUAUGAGAAUGUUGCCCGGAUGGAACCCUUCUUCUUCAGGAGAUAAUUCUUCAAGUUGGGGUGGAACAAGCAUAAAUGAAGGGAGCAGUGUUCCGUCAACCGGCCUAACCCUUAAUGCUACAACUACUAGUAUUACGGUGACUCCGUGGUUUACCCCAGGCGGGGGUUCCCCUGUGAAGUUAGCUGCUCUCAAGCUAGAUAAUCAUGUUGUGGUCUCAGCGCCUGAUAAAGCAAAUAACUUGUCAGAAAAAUCUGGCCAUGCAACUCCUCAUGUAGCAUUUCAUAUUCCUCAUGACGAGGAAGAAUCUCAAGGGUCAGUGGACUUUGAAGUCAUGGGCGAAGGCGGUGCCUUGAUAAUUAGAAACAGAAAUUGUUCGGGAUCUCUUGAUUAUGUCAAUAAUAAUGAGUUUCUUAAAGAUCACAGCACACAAGUAACCGAAAUGGAGAUUAGGGAUUUCCAUUAUGACGAGUGUAAGGUGCCAGAAAAUGAUUGGGGCGAAUUCAGAAAGAGUCCUGCAAUGAGUUUUACGGAUAAAGUUACAAACUUAGCAAGCUGUUGCUUUUCAUCUUCCUCUCAGGCAGCGGAGAAAAGCCAUCAAGAAACGGAGCUGAUGAAGACCGAGUUGGAUGCAAUUGAUAUGCAGUAUCAGCAGUGGAUACAGGAGCUAUCUAGGAUGAGGGAGGAAGCCAUAGAAGCUACUAAGAAGAGAUGGAUGACAAAAAAGAACUAG